CAGCCAUCUUGGACCCUGUGGAGGCCUGCUGGGAACAGGACUUCUAAAACGACAAAUAUGUCUGGAAGGCUGUGGUCCAAGGCCAUUCUUGCUGGCUAUAAACGGGGUCUACGGAACCAAAGGGAACACACUGCUCUCCUGAAAAUUGAAGGUAUAUAUGCUCGAGAUGAAACUGAAUUCUAUCUAGGCAAGAGAUGUGCUUAUGUGUACAAAGCAAAGAACAACACAGUAACUCCUGGGGGGAAACCUAACAGAACCAGAGUAAUCUGGGGAAAGAUAACUCAAGCUCAUGGAAACAGCGGCAUGGCUCGUGCCAAAUUCCGAAGCAACCUUCCUAAGGCCGUUGGACACAGAAUCCGUGUGAUGCUGUACCCCUUGAGGAUUUAA